CUCGCUCAGCCCCCGCCAAACCCAGCCGGCAGGGCUCCCUCGAGCCGGGGCCUUCUGAUCCCCGGCUCGCUCGCGCCCGCCUCCGCCUCCGCCCCGCCGGGGGUGGCCCCGAGCGCCCGGCCUCGCCCGGCCCGGCUGGCUGGGACCAUGGUGUUCCUCUCCGGAAACGCCUCGGACAGCGCCAACUGCACCCACCCGCCGGCCGCGGUGAACGUCUCCAAGGCCAUCCUGCUCGGCGUGAUCCUGGGGAGCCUCAUCCUCUUCGGGGUGCUGGGGAACAUCCUGGUGAUCCUUUCCGUCGCCUGCCACCGGCACCUGCACUCGGUCACCCACUACUACAUCGUCAACCUGGCGGUGGCCGACCUGCUGCUCACCUCCACGGUGCUGCCCUUCUCCGCCAUCUUCGAGGUCCUGGGCUACUGGGCCUUCGGCCGGGUCUUCUGCAACGUCUGGGCGGCGGUGGACGUGCUGUGCUGCACGGCGUCCAUCAUGGGGCUCUGCAUCAUCUCCAUCGACCGCUACAUCGGCGUGAGCUACCCGCUGCGCUACCCGGCCAUCGUCACCCCGCGGCGGGGCCUCGCGGCCCUGCUCUGCGUCUGGGCGCUCUCCCUGGUCAUCUCCAUCGGGCCCCUGUUCGGCUGGCGCCAGCCGGCCCCCGAGGACGAGACCGUCUGCCAGAUCAACGAGGAGCCGGGCUACGUGCUCUUCUCUGCGCUGGGCUCCUUCUACGUGCCGCUGGCCAUCAUCCUGGUCAUGUACUGCCGGGUCUACGUGGUGGCCCGCAGGGAGAGCCGCGGCCUCAAGUCCGGCCUCAAGACCGACAAGUCGGACUCGGAGCAAGUGACGCUCCGCAUCCACCGCAAGCACGUCCCCGCGGCGGGCGGCGGGCUGGCCAGCGCCAAGAGCAAGACGCACUUCUCGGUGAGGCUCCUCAAGUUUUCCCGGGAGAAGAAGGCGGCCAAGACGCUGGGCAUCGUGGUCGGCUGCUUCGUCCUCUGCUGGCUGCCUUUCUUCUUGGUGAUGCCCAUUGGGUCUUUCUUCCCUGAUUUCAAGCCCUCGGAAACAGUUUUUAAAAUAGUAUUUUGGCUCGGAUAUCUAAACAGCUGCAUCAAUCCCAUCAUAUACCCUUGCUCCAGUCAAGAGUUCAAAAAGGCCUUUCAGAAUGUCUUGAGAAUCCAGUGUCUCCGCAGAAAGCAGUCUUCCAAAUACGCCCUGGGCUACACGCUGCAUGCCCCCAGCCACGCCCUGGAGGGACAGCAAAAGGACAUGGUGCGCAUUCCCGUAGGCUCGGGCGAGACCUUCUAUAAGAUCUCCAAGACGGAUGGGGUCUGUGAAUGGAAAUUUUUCUCUUCCAUGCCCCGUGGAUCUGCCCGGAUUACAGUGUCCAAAGACCAGUCAGCCUGCACCACAGCCCGGGUGAGGAGUAAAAGCUUUUUGCAGGUCUGCUGCUGUGUGGUUCCCUCAACCCCUAGCCUUGGAGAGAACCAACAGGUUCCAACCAUUAAGGUCCACACCAUCUCCCUCAGUGAAAACGGGGAGGAAGUCUAGGACAGGAGAGGUGCAAAGGAAGGGGGAAUGAUCUUAGGUACCCACCCCACUUCCUACUCAAAAAGCCCGCUCCCUCUUCCUGGAGGACAAGACAGGACCAUCAGACGAGGGGACCAUCUAAGAAAGGGCGAUGGGGAGGAGACCCAACUCAUCAGGCCGUGGGGAGGGCGUAGGGAAGAGGGAGGCUGUCUCACAACCAACCAGUUCAGAGCGAGGCUGAACAGUUGUUCCCUGCAGCUAAUGCUCUCUCGGUCAUCCUCUGAGCCCGCUUCGAUGAAAACCACCAUGGGAAACAGAAUUUCAUGCACAGUCCAGAAGACGAUAAAUAUAGGAUUAUGAUUUCAUCAUGAAUAUUUUGAGCACACGCUCUAAGUUUGGAGCUAUUUCUUGAUGGAAGUGAGGGGAUUUUAUUUUCAGGCCCAACCUACUGACAGCCACAUUUGACAUUUAUGGGGAGAGGGCCUAGAGAGGAAGAGGCUUAAAACGGUGGCCGAGAUCCAGGCACAUUAUUUUUAGAGCAAGUUUUAAAGCUCCGCCAUUUCUGAUACAUCCAGUUUCUCCGCUUGGGAAAACUUGACAGCGAAAUGUGCCUUUCGCUGCACUUUGAUUGGAUACUGCUCCUCGCUUUCUAAACAGAGAGCGAGGGGUGCUCAUCAUGUCUCAGAAAGUAACAUUCUCCACUCUUGAGUCUGGAGAGUAUCGGAAGAACCAGUCAGGGAGCGUAUGGCUUUUCUCAAGAGAAGACGGUAGGCAUGAAGGUCAUUUUUUUCAAUUUAACUACUAGGGACAAAAAUCCAUUAAACAGUUCCAAGGUCAGAUGAAAGAAGGCUUCCUGUGAAACUUAUUUCAAGAUCAAGAGGUGGGGGUGGGGUGGCUGUUAAUUUCUUGCUGCCCACUUACUCAGCCAUUUUGACAUAACCUAGAAAAGCCUUUCUUGGCAAAUCACUUACCUUUUCCAGAACUCCAUUGUGAAAAUCCAGAGUGUAUAAUAUUUUGAAAAGCAAAAUAUUGACUUCCACUUCUUUCUAUCUGUUCCACUAUUGCAUAAUGGAUGAGCUUCACCUGUGGCAUGUUGGAAUGAUCUAAGUAUAUCCUUCUCGAACUUUGAAAAAUACUGAUGCUUAGCUUUGGAUAGAUACGGACAGAUCACCAAAGAACUGUCUAAAGCAUGAAUUUGCAGACAUUAUUUGACAGAAGCCCAUUUAUUCUGGAAAACUAUCCACUAGUCCACUCAACUUCUUCUGUUCCUACUUUCUGCAGGAACUUGGGGAAUAUGCUAUUUUUUUUCCCUAUGUAUACCAAAUUUUGGUAAACCUUAAUAACUCAGU